AUGCCUAUAACAUCACUCGAAUCGUUUUUAUUUGAGCGGAAGCUUGUCAGCAGCUGCCCCAUUGAGAUCUUACAGAAUUCCACCAUCGGUAUUGAUGUUGAUCACUAUUUAUAUCGAAUUUAUACGUUUAAGAAGGAACAAUUUUUACCUGGAAUUGGAGGUGUACCCUCCAGUUUGAAGGACUACAUUCAUCUGGAUUUACAGGUGUUCAAGGAGUUCAAUAUUAAGCCCAUAUUUGUUAUUCCCGGAAUGAAGAUCCAAAUCCAGAAACAUGACUAUAAAACCGGUGAAUUGAGCCAACAAGAACAACAUAUUGAAACCACUUGGAUGAAAUUAAGUAAUAAACCUCCUUAUUCUUACAAUAAUAUGGAAUCCUUUAGAUUGUAUAGUGAAUCAUUACCAGUUAGACCCAUGAUUCACGAUUUAAUUACUUAUUUUAUUGAUAUUGGAGUGGAUUAUAUGGUUGCACCUUAUGAUGUUUCAUUUCAACUUUCUUAUUUAUAUCAAAAUAAUAUUAUAGAUAUUAUUUAUGGGUCCACCGAUUUAUUGUUGACUCAAUUGGAUAAGUUCAUCUUGGGGAUGGAAUUCCAGUCCAAAGAUUUCCGAUUCAUUGAUAAAGCCAAAGUACUUCAUGAUCUAAGUCUUUCUGAACGUCAAUUGAUGGAUUUAAGUAUCUUGGUAGGUUGUGAAUUACAACCGACUAUGUUCCCUAUUUUCCCUCCUAUUCCUAAACCAAAUCUCACCCAACCAUAUCCUCAGUUGAGCUAUUUCAAAAUGGGGUUGGAUAUCAUUUAUCAGUAUUCCUAUAAUAACAACUCAAAUGACUUGUAUGGAUUUAUUAUGGGUUUACAAGAUCCAACAUUAUUAGAAUUGUAUCAAAAGGGUCACACAGCUUUGAAAUGUAUCCCGGUGAUGAAUAAAGAUGGAUAUGUGGAAUUAUAUAACGUGGAAAUGGCCAAAUUGGGCAUCAAGAAUAAUAUUGAUUUCUUAGAACAUGAAAAGGAACCUGAAUCGGAAGAAUCAACUUCAGCUGGUAAUGUUGUUAAAGUCCCUAAUGAUGUUCAUGAUAUAAUUUCUCAGAGAUUACCUCCUGAGUUUUAUUUUUAUCAAUCCAUAGGCCUUUUACCAGUGGGGUUAUUAGAAGCUAUAACUCAAGGACAGUUACAUGUAAGACCACCACUUGAAAGCAGUUUGAAUGAUAAUUAUAAACGGUUAGUGACUUCAAAGUUCUAUACUGAAAGUUUAGAUCGUCAAUUCAAUUUGAUUACCCAAUUAUUAACAAGAUACUACGGGUUCCGGAAAAUCAAUGUUAAAUUUUGGUUCCGAGAUGAAGAAGAGAAAUUAAAUAAUCGCAUGUUUACUCCAGUUUCCAAAAUGGUUGAAAAGUUGUUUAUUCAAGAGGAAGAAUCAUCCAAUGAGUUUAAUUUAACUAAAUUUUGGACUCAGCUUAAUGGAGGCUCAUUUACUGCUGUCAAAAAUAAAAAGAUAACUUCCGUUUCAGACAUUAUUAGUACUAUUUUAUUAAGAGUACUUUACUUGUAUGGGAUUGUCGAUAAUAAAACAUUGAAAUUGACCAAUUUGGGUAAAAUCUUUCAACGAUUUGUUCAAGAGAAUCCUGAAUCGAAUAAUAUUAAUAACUUGAUGCUUUUACUUUUAUUAAUUAAAACUCAGACCAUUAGAUUUGAUGAAAUUAAUAAUGAAUUCACAAGUGUUCCUAAAUUUUUCAAAGAGCUUUCAAAUGAUGAAUCCAUAUCAUUUGAAAAGACUAAAUUGAUUACUAUGAUUGCUAGAGUUUUCACAUUGGUGAAAUUGAAUAUUUCUCCAAUCAAUUAUCAAGGACCAAUUUCCAGAGGGUUACUUAAUUUUAGAUCAUUUGUUGGAUAUGUUUCUAAUGAUUUGAUUCAUUUAUUCGAAUGCUUAUUGGUUGAUUUCAUUGUUCAUGAAGAGAAUAAUGAUCUCAGAAAUUCAUUGAAGAAUAAACAAGAUUGGUACCAAUUGAUUUCUCAAUUACCAUUUUAUAAAGAAGUUCCAAAUACUUUAUUAGGAGUUAUGGUUGAAAUUUACUUUGAAUAUUCAAUUAGACAAGCCAUUGCUGAUCCCACCAAAUCAAAGCAAGAUAUUAUUAAGAACACCAAAGACCAUCUUUUGAAUUUUGUUUAUCAAGUCAAUAAUACUUCCUUUAAUAUCAAUGUUAAUGGUAUUAACUCCAUUAAAGAGAAUACCUUAUUUGAAGAUUUUGGAAUUGGAUUGACAUUAUGGAACGAUUUUGUCAAGAUGAUGAUUAUUGCCAAUGAUAUUGACAACAAAUUGGUAUCUGAUAAUUACUUAGAAAGUGUCAAUGAAGCCAACAAGUUGGUUAAAGAGUUUAUUUAA